CCCUUUCUCUCUCUCGCUUUGGGAGUGAUAGUGCAGUCAGACGUAGGCUACUGGUGGAAUGCAUGGGAGAGGAGAAAUCCGUGCCGUUCAUCGCUGAGAGAGGGAGACAGGGGUGGUGGCAGAGAGAGGGAGAGACAUGGCUUCCAAAGAGACAUCCUCCUGUUUUGUCAGCGUUUCCAGGGAACUCACAGAAAGCAUCAGGAAGCUCAUCGACAAGUCUUCAAUCAAGUUCAUUCGUGGCAUCAAACUUGAAACAAAAAACGGCAAAUCAGAGGACAGGAUAUUGGUUCUCACAACAUGGAGGCUCUAUCUAAUGGCUGUGAAGGUUCCUUCAAAGGUGGAGAUGACUUUCAACUUCCUGGAGAUCCGUUCCAUAAGCACACAGCCAGACCUGCAGGUUGUCAUAGAAACAGACAAGUCCACCUACUCCUUCCGGCUUCAGUCAAGAGACCACCUCGAUCAUGUGAUUAACCAUGUCAACUAUGCCCUGUCACGAAUAUUCAACAACUCUAUUUUUGCACCAUCCAUCUGUCAAUCAGACAGUGACCUAUCAGAUGGAAGCAGGAAGUACUCUCCAAGUUCAGACACGUCUGUCGAGACACAGAGGGCUUGUGGAGGCUUCUCAGAGACAUAUGCUGCUCUGUGUGAUUAUAAUGGCAUCAGCUGCAAGGAGGAGGUGCAGUGGGAUGUGGAUACCAUCUACCACUCCCAAGACAACAGGGAGUUCAACCUGCUGGACUUCAGUCACCUGGAAAGCAGGGACCUGGCAGUGAUUGUGGCGUCCAUGGCGUACAACACAUGGUUCACUAAACUCUACUGCAAGGACCUGCGGAUUGGUUCAGAGGUCACAGAACAAGUUCUGCACACGCUUAGUAAGUCAUCCAGCCUGGAGGAGAUCACACUGGAGAAUGUUGGGCUAAAAUCUGACUUCCCUCAGAAGCUGUCCGUCGCCCUCUCUGAGAACCCAGCCUCUGUAAUCCACUCCCUCAAUUUGGCUCAUAACACCCUUGACAAUCAAGGUGUGUGCAAUCUCAUUCAGCAGGUGUGUCGCCUGAGCAAAGGGCUGCGUCUCCUCAACCUGUCCAAGACAUCCCUCUCCUCCAAAGGUGUGGUGUCGCUCUCUCAGGCUCUGUGCUCGAGUGACGACUAUUCUAACUCCCUGCUGCAUCUGGAUCUCAGCAAAAACCCCGGGGUCCUGUCAGGAGAGGACGCCUCGAACCUGCACCUCUUCCUCUCCCAGCCCAACUGCCUGGUCCACCUGGACCUGUCCAGCACCGACUGUUCAGUGGACUCGCUCUUCGGUGCGUUGCUCAGGGGUUGCUGUGCUGACCUCUCCUACUUGAAUCUCUCCAAAAACUCCUUCUCUCACAGGAAAGUAAAGGACUCUCUCCCGUAUUUCAUAUUGAUUCUUCCGGCCUCGGCCUUCUCACUCCUGCCAUGAUCUGCUGUCUCCAUGAAGCUGCCUGGCGAUUCUGGAAGGGCGCUGCUAAUGGGCCUGACAUCAAACCCUCACAUUAAUGACAUGCACCUGGAUAUCAGUGGCUGUGAGCUCCGGUCAUCUGGAGCUGCGGUGCUGCAGGAGCUCUUCCCCCGGGUUUCCUCCAUCGCCACGCUGGACAUCUCAGACAACGGUCUGGAUGGAGACUUGCUCACUCUGCUGUCUGCACUAUCCAGGCACCCCUCCCUGAAGCACCUACAUCUGGGGAAAAACUUUAACAUUAAGCACAGAGUGCUGGAUGACGUGCUUCAGAAGCUGGUGCAGAUGAUCCAAGAAGAGGAGUGUGCGCUGCAGUCGCUCUCUCUGGUGGACUCCAGGCUGCGCUCACGGGGCACGGUGCUGGUCAACGCCCUGGGCAGCAACACCUGCCUGCGCAAGGUGGACCUAAGUGGCAACAACAUGGAGGACAUCGGGGCUAAGAUGCUGAGCAAAGCCCUGCAGAUCAACACCACGCUCAGGAGUGUAACAUGGGACCGGAACAACACCACCGCCACAGGAUUCUUGGACAUGGCCCGAGCACUGGAACAUAAUUUCACAUUGCAGUAUAUGCCCCUGCCCCUCAGUGACAUCACGCAGGCCUACCGCAGUGCACCUGAGAAGAUGGAGCAGGCGCUCACCAAGAUCCAGAGAGCUCUCCUGAGGAACAACCAGACCCAGCGCUUCUCCCAGAGACAGGCUCUCCGUCUGCAUCAGGGCCUCGUCACCAGCACGGCUGAACAGGUAAUGGAGCGCCUGUGUGUGCGCGUCCAGCAGCAAGUGUGCGCUCUGAAGGGUGUUGGAGAGGCGGAGGAGCUGCAGGCGGCCAAACAGGUGCUCAAGGAGGCCAGGAACUCGCGGGCGCUGUACCCAUCCCUGUGUGAGCUGGCCCAUGUGCUCUCAGUGGACGGACCAGUACGUCAGCGGCUGGACUCUCUGGCUGGAGAACUGGCAAAAGCUGCGGACAAGGAACUUCAGGUGAUUGUGGACUCCAUGGUGUCCCUGUGUCGAGAGCUGUGUCCACUCUCCUCGGUGGCGGCCGAGCGCCUGAGCCCUCCUCUCUCGUCCGUCUCUGAGCGCGUCUCUAUCCCUCGCUCCGCCAUCCGCACCGCACUGAUGGAACGGGCAGCGCAGGACAUCCACCGGGCACUCGAGGAGGUGAAACUGUCAGUGGUGGCCUAUCUAACCAACUCCAUUGUGGAUCAGAUACUGCAGGAGCUCUACUCUACCCAUAAAGCCCUGGCUCGGCAGGUGUCCCAGCUCAAACGGUGGGAGGGCAUGUGUGAUGGAGGGACGGGCAGGAGAUCACACAGACACAGAGACUCACUGGAGAUCACUGAUGAAGAGCUCGGCACCAGUAUAGACACCAUCGCUAUUAAGAAGCGGAGCUCCAGAACGCGUCGCAUUCGACCUGUGUCCACCCGGCUGAGUCUGAAUGAUGACUCCAGUUCGUCCCCUCCCCCCUCCGCACCUCCUCUCUCCUCACCCCUCUCCCGCUCGGCCUCCUGGGAGGGCCUGUCGGAGCUGCCCACUCUGGGCACGCCCCUGCAGCAUGUGACCCGCGUCCGGCCAAAACCCCCACGCAAGCACCGCGGCGGCCACACCCUCUCCGACACGCAACUGCCAGAACCCUGCUCCAAUUUCCAAAAUGAUUUGGAAUGGGUCCAAGCUAAUCUUUACAAACAUUGCAAUGAAAACGGGGCAGUCACGCCUCUUGAUGAUGGACUGCCUGAUUUUUACACCAAGAGAGUUCUGCCUGACAGUCAGCUCUCAUCUCUCCACAAAGCCCACUCGCUACGGAGAAAGAAGCGGCGCAACAUGCUCUCCAUCUUCGGUUUCCGUAGGAACCGCAACUCGACUCUGUCUAAUCAAGAGCCGGACUCAGGUGGCGGGUCCUGCAGUGAAGAGUGCCGAACCGUUGCCACGGCACCCACAGGAACCGCCCAGGAAAAUGUUUACACUCUCCUCCAGCCGCCGAGGUUGGCAGGCAGGGCCGGCUCCCCGGGAGAAGGGGCUGAUGGGACUGUGGAGGACCAGAGAGUGGAGGAGCCUGCUGGCGUCAUGGAAGUAAGGUCCAUCCAAGGCAUGCCACUUCCAAGCAUAGGAGAGAACAAGCAACUUUAUUCGACCAGACAGAGACCAGAGCCUGAACCGGACUACGAGAGACCAGCGGCAUCGGAGAGACCAGCAGACAGAGUGGACCGGCAGACUCCGUCCACGUCGGACAGACAGACGUUGAGACACGCAGACCGACAGCCUGCAAGAGAUGCAGACAGGCAGACAGGCAGGUCAACGGAGAGGCCGUCGGAGCAGGAGUUGGACAGACAGACGCUGAGACAGCUGGACAGGAAGGCAGAGAAACAGUGGGCCGAGGGCAGGAGAGAGGUGGAGAGACAGUGGCCAGACGACAGGCCGGCUGACCGGGUGUGGACGGACCUCCGGCCCGCAGACAGACAGGUGGACCGAGGCUGGACCGACCUGCGGGCGGCAGAGAGACAGUGGGCGGCGGAGCCAAAGCAGACAGACAGGCCCUGGGUCGAUGGCAGGCAGACAGACAGGCCAGCGCCAGACAGACAUGCCCAGGGCCCGCGCACCCCCACAGACAGGCCGCUGCCACCGUACCCCACUGGAGACCGAACACCAUCACCGAACACGCAAGCAGAUAGACAGGUGGCCACGGACAUGCACGCAGACAGACACCCACGCACAGACGUGCAGGCAGAUAGGUGGCACCAGUCGGUCGCGCAGAUCGACAGGAGGAUUUACGCAGAGGUUCAGGCAGACAGACAGGCAGCCACAGACGUGCACUCAGAGAGACACGCGCCGUCCGACAUGCAGGUGGAGAGGUGGCAUCACCCGGACGCCCUUAUAGACAGGCGAAUAUACACAGAGGUGCAGUCAGACAGACAGGUAAGCACUGACACGCAUGCGGAUAGACAUCUACACUCAGAUGUGCACACAGACAGGUGGCACCACUCUGAUGCACAGAUCGACAGGCGAAUAUAUGCAGAAGUUCAGUCAGACAGACACCCAGCUGUAGAGCCACACAUGGAAAGAUGCCUGUCGUCAGAUCUGCAGACAGACAGGCGAAUAUAUGCAGAAGUGCAAGCAGACAGGUGGCACCAUUCGGACACGCCGACAGACAGGCGCAUCUACGCAGAGAUCCAGACUGAGAGACAGGGACUCCUGGACGGGCAGACAGACAGGUGGCAUCAGUCGGAUGGACAGACAGACAGGCGGAUUUAUGCAGAGGUGCAGGCAGAGAGACAGGCAGAGAGACAGGCUCACGGGGUAGACGUGCAGGGAGAUGGGUACGGGGGUACGUCGGACCUGCAGACAGCCCACGGCAGCGACCAGCGGCCAGAGGUGUGGUUGAUGGAGGAGCACUGUAGAAUGGGAAUAGCGCUCCCUCCUGGACAGUCCCUGCCCUGCGGCCCCAAGCCAGACCCUCCUCCACAAAGCAGCAAGCCCAACCUGGCCAAGCUCAGACAGCGCCAUCUGCCUGACAAUUCUGGCGCUGAAGAGGUGACUGAUGAAGACAAGGAUGCAGGGAGGCUGGAAAAGAAAGAGAGAGAUGGAGGGAUAGAGAGAACCAGAGAAACAGAUGGACAUCCACCCCCUGUGCCUCCUAAGCCGGGUUUUGUGACAUCACCACAAGAUCCAACCAAUGAGAGAAAGCUCCCACCUCCGGUGCCCCCUGCCUCUAGCAAACCAGUGCUAGGAUUGGCUGAAAGAUCCCACACACAAGGUGAGGAGAGUGUGAGACCCCAGGCCCCUGUGAAGCCGCAGAGGAACAGGAAGGCCCUGUCAUGUGACCAAGGGAACGACAGGGAAAGCCCCAAUAACCUGGAGAAGCCUCCAAAUCGCAAACCCCCCGUGAAAAAACCUAGACUUCCUCAGAACAAAAACAAAUCUCUGGAAUACUCUGGUAUUUGUUUGCUCUUGUUUGUGCUUUUUCAUGUUUCUCUCCCUCUCUCUCUCUCUCUCUCUCUCUCUCUCUCUGUCUGUGUCUGUACAUGUUUAAGUGUAUACAUGCUGCCUGUGUGAGUGCUUCAUGGUUCAGUUAUAACCAACUGCUUCCCAUUCACCGUACGCUCUACAUUAAUUUAGCAGAUUUAAAUUAAUAUCUAUUUAAAACAUUUUCGUAAUCACACAUGCAUUAAUUAAAAGACCAAAAUCAAUUAUGUUAAUUGGAUGUCACGUUAAAUUCAUUUCUGUGUACAGCUCAGAAUUCAUUUCUGUGUACAGUGUGUUAGUGUGAGGGAGUGUGUAUGUGUGUGUGUGUGUGUGAGAGAGAGAGAGCGAGAGCACCCAUGUCUUCUUGCUGUGU